UCACGCGGCUUCUCCUACAUGUAUUCCUCGCCCAUCAAAUGUCUUGGCUGUAUAAAAGUCGACUGAGUUUGAGAGAAGCUUUACAGUUCCUUAGCAACUGGCAUCAAUAACAUUUCCUCUUCUUCUUCCUCACCAUCACCAUGCACUCGAAAAUCGUUUUUCUUUUGGCUUUGUGGGCUGUGGUGGCAUCUUCUAUGCCGAUGAAUUCUGUCGAUGAAGUUGUUCCCGAUCAAGAUGCUGAGGAACAGUUCCUGUACUCUUACGGGUACGGUUAUCCCGGCUUCGCCUAUCCAUCAGUUCCUUUGGCCGCCACCUACCCUGCCGCCAUUAGUACGGAUAAAGUUCCAGCUUCAACGGCCAAGCUGAUCACCCAGCCGGCUUACGCCUAUGCCUAUCCCGGCUAUUAUCCUUACGCAGGAUAUCCGCAUCCCGGUGGUUUUGGUUACGCUUACGGUUACCCCAUCAAAGCCUAAAUGAAACGAUACUCAGCAGCAUCACCUUUCUAUUUUUAUUAUUAUUAUUAUUUUAUUUUAUAUUCCCUUCUCCCCCCCCCCCCACCUACCCUCCAGCACGAUGUUAUAGCAACUGCCCUGACAUAAGCUCGUUAAUAAUCUAUAUACCUUUAUUUUCUUUUUUUUUUUUAAUUUGAUUAAUUGUUGGUUUUUUUAAAUUUUAAUCUCAUUAUUAUUGGCCGGGAACGGGUUUCUUGGUUUCAGUUUUUCUAUGUUACCCACCUGAUUUUAAAAGAAGUAGUUUUCAGCGGAUCAUUAUUGUGUAACAGCAAUAAAUUUCAUUAAUGGAAUUAAUGAUCAGCUUUUUUUUUGGCUUACAUUAACUUCUCUAUCGCCGAUUUCUAGUAAUUGAUUUACUGAUGAUGUUAUUGUGUUUUGCAUGCUUUUUAAAAAUGGUUACUUACAGUGCCUUCGGGGUGAAUCCUGAUUCCCAAGUUAUUUUGUGGUGAUAUUCACAGUUGGACGUAAUACUCAAUAAUGCAAAUAACAUUUAAAAUUUUUAAUUUUUCACCCAAUGAAUUAACGACUAACAAUCUCCUUUUCAAUCUCUAGUGCAUGAGAAACAUCAAUUUUAACCGAUAGUUUGUUUCACUCAAUAACCGAGGGCGUGGUUUAUCGGCAGUUUAAUCAAUUGAAAUUCGUUCCUCGAUUUCACGUUGUCGACGCUAUGUAAAACGCUGGCUGCGUGUCAAUUUAUAUGCAUGUAUUACGCUGUUGAAUAAAUUAUUCUCACGCGCAGUA